AUGGAGUCGGGAAAGCAGCUAACGGGUACAUUGGCCCUGGCUGUGUUUGCAGCAGCUCUGGGGUCCCUGCAGUAUGGUUACAGUCUUGGAGUCAUCAACGCACCCCAGAAGAUUAUUGAAAAGCAUUAUGGCCGGUCCCUGGGGGUGUGGUCAGAAAGGGUGGCUGCCCUGUCCGAAAACAGCACAGACAAAGAAAAGUUCUCAGAGGCGGGACAACACCCUGACGUGAUCAAGUAUUGGUCAUUGUCUGUGGCCAUCUUCUCCAUUGGUGGCAUGUUAUCCUCCUUCCUGGUGGGAUUUGUGGGAGACCUGAGAGGGAGGGUGAAGGGCAUGUUAAUGGUCAAUGUUCUGGCUGUAGCUGCCGGACUGCUGAUGGGUCUUUGCAAGAUGUGGAAACCUCACAUCAUGGUCAUCUCCGGCCGCGCUGUUAUGGGCUUUUACUGUGGGUUGACAUCUGGGCUAGUGCCUAUGUACAUUGGAGAGAUCGCACCCAAAGCUUACAGAGGGGCUCUGGGAACAUUACACCAGCUGGCUAUUGUUCUAGGCAUCCUAAUCAGCCAGGUAAUAGGCUUGGACUUUGUAUUUGGUAAUGAUGAUAUGUGGCCCCUAUUGCUUGGUCUGUCUGGAGCUCCGGCAGUUUUGCAAUCCCUCUUGCUGCCUCUAUGCCCUGAGAGCCCCCGGUACCUUUACAUUAUACUGGGCAAGGACCAAGAGGCUAGAAAAAGUCUGUAUCGUCUAAAGGGGGCUUAUGAUGCUACUUUUGAUCUGGAAGAGAUGAGGAAGGAGAAAGAGGAGGCAGACAGGGAGCCCAGAGUGUCAAUCCUUUCUUUGAUCCGCUCCUCCGUGUACAGACAGCAGCUGGUUGUUGCCCUCAUGAUGCACCUCUCCCAACAGUUUUCUGGCAUCAAUGCGAUCUUUUAUUACUCUACGGCUAUCUUCACUCGGGCUGGUGUCGGUCAGCCAGUCUACGCCACUAUAGGAGUCGGGGUCAUCAACACUAUCUUCACUCUGGUUUCUGUUGCACUGGUGGACAAGGCUGGCAGACGCACCCUGACUCUGGUUGGUCUGGGAGGGAUGUGCUGCUGUGCAGUUGCCAUGACAGUGGGCCUCACAUUGCAGGAUAAAUACUCAUGGAUGAGCUACGUCAGCAUGUCAGCCAUAUUCCUCUUUGUGAGUUUCUUUGAAAUUGGUCCUGGUCCCAUUCCAUGGUUCAUAGUUGCCGAACUGUUCAGUCAGGGACCCCGGCCUGCGGCCAUCGCUCUGGCUGGCUGCUGCAACUGGACCAGCAACUUCAUCAUAGGCAUGACUUUUCCAUAUAUACAGACUUGGUUGGAUUCUUAUGUUUUCAUCCUGUUUGCCGUGCUGCUUCUCGGUUUCACCGUGUUUAUUUAUUUUCGUGUCCCUGAGACCAAGGACAAAAGCUUUAAGGAGAUUGCUGCCCUCUUCCAAAAGGGCCGCAAAAAGUCGACACAAAGCCCCAAAGACGCUACUGAACUGCAGCAGCUCAAAACAGCCACAGAUGCUUGA